AUGUUCCGAUCAAGAUUGUACAGUCUUCUCAAAACUUCUUUUAAAUUUAACAGUAGAAAAUUGUCGUAUAAAAUACUCAAAGUAGCCCCCAUCACAUUUUCAGCCUUGACAACUGUAUCUUGUGAUGAUCAAAAACAGGAGAUCACAGAUAUUAGUAAUACAGAUAGUUUAGAGCAUGAGUUUUUGAUAAGACAAGCUACUACAGUGAACGUAAAUGCAGCAACUCAACUUCUAACAGUUACUUUAGUUGCAAUUCAAGACACUAGCGAAAGAUUAAGAGAUGCAUUAUCAAAAGAAAUAUGUCUUGUAAAGCAAGCCUUAGAGUGGGGCGAGGAAGGAACACCAGCCCAACAUUGGGAUCAGCUUGUGGCCAUUCGUGGGGCAUUGUGUGAUCUUAAUCAUAAUCUUAGAACAUUAUUUAGUUAUAUGGACUAUGCUGAAAAAUUAGCAACUCUAGCUGCAGAAAUCUCAUAUUUAUCUGGAAACACUGCUGCCUCGGACGCAAUAUGUGAACGGAUUGAUCAUGCUAAUAGGUCUUGCAACAACCAGAAGAAACUGACACAUGACCUGCAACAAGAGUGUUUGGAGUUACAACAGCUAGCAAUAAUAAAUGCUCCUCAUUUAGAAGAACAAUUAAAACCAAAUGAUAAAAAACGAAAAUAA